GUCCCUACCGGUGGAUCCUGCGUCGGUUCCUCUCUCAGCUGAACCUCCGUAGAAGCUCUUUCUGUGGCAGCCGGCCGGUUAGCAUCAUGUCGGGCGUCGUGGAUACUAAGCUAUACGACAUCCUCGGAGUUUCCCCAUCUGCCUCUGAAAAUGAACUGAAGAAGGCCUACCGCAAAUUGGCCAAAGAGUACCACCCUGACAAGAACCCUGAUGCUGGAGACAAGUUUAAAGAGAUCAGUUUUGCAUAUGAGGUGCUGACGAACCCAGAAAAGAAGGAGCUUUAUGAUCGCUAUGGAGAACAGGGGCUACGGGAGGGAGGAGGCGGAGGCCCCGGGAUGGACGAUAUCUUCUCUCACAUUUUUGGUGGAGGACUGUUUGGGUUCAUGGGGGGACAGGGCAGAGGACGCAAUGGAGGCAGGAGGAGAGGAGAUGAUAUGGUACACCCUUUGAAAGUUUCUCUUGAAGACCUCUACAAUGGCAAAACCACCAAACUGCAGCUCAGUAAGAAUGUUCUGUGUGCUGCCUGUAAUGGUCAGGGCGGUAAGGCCGGAGCAGUGCAGAAGUGUGUGGCAUGCAGAGGACGAGGUAUGAGAAUCAUGAUUAGACAGCUGGCCCCUGGGAUGGUUCAACAGAUGCAGUCAGUCUGUACAGACUGCAAUGGAGAGGGUGAGGUGAUCAAUGAGAAGGACCGCUGUAAAAAGUGUGAGGGUCAUAAGGUUAGUAAGGAAACUAAGCUUCUGGAGGUGCAUGUGGACAAAGGCAUGAGACACGGACAGAAGAUCACAUUCUCUGGAGAAGCUGACCAAGCACCAGGUGUUGAACCAGGAGAUAUUGUCCUGGUGCUACAGGAGAAAGAACAUGAGGAAUUCCGCCGUGAUGGCAAUGACCUCCACAUGGUCCAACGUAUUGGCCUGGUUGAGGCUUUGUGUGGCUUCCAGUUGACUGUUACACACUUGGAUGGACGUCAGCUGCUUGUCAAAUACCCGCCUGGCAAGGUCAUAGAGCCAGGCUCUAUUCGAAUGGUGAAGGGAGAAGGAAUGCCUCAAUACAGAAACCCAUUUGAGAAGGGAGACCUUUACCUCAAGUUUGAUGUCCAGUUCCCUGAAAACAACUGGAUUAGCCCUGAAAAACUGAAUGAACUUGAGUGCCUGCUGCCUGCUCGUGCGGAGAACCCUGUCAUCACAGCAGAUGCGGAGGAAGUUGACUUGACAGAAUUCGACCGGAGUCAAGGAUCAGGAGGUGGAGCCAGGAGAGAGGCCUAUAAUGAUAGUUCUGAUGAGGAAGGGGGCCAUCAUGGUCCUGGGGUGCAGUGUGCACACCAAUAGAAAGACUCAUGCUUUAAAACAAGCGCACACAUUAAAACAUAAAUACAUGAACAUCCCUUGAGUCCCAUUGCUAACACCAUUCAAGACUUGAUGCACAUACAAUGCGCAUUUCUCGUCUUUCAUGAUACCGAUGAAAAAGAGAUACACACAAAUACAUAUACACGUAUAUCCACCCUCCUCAGUUCCAUGGUGCCCAUAAGUCAGAGAGAUACUGGACAUGUGAUGACCAUUUUGUGUUUUUGGACAGUAGUGUUCAUCAUAGCCUCCAGCAAGAAGGCGGUCCCAUUCACAGAGGUUCACUGACUGAACUUGAUGUGGACCUCCAUGUUUUCAUCUUAGGCUUUUAUCUUUCACUGUGGGAAACACCAGUCUAGUGUAUAAAAUGCAAAUAUUGUUGACUAUCUUGUAUAAGGUGUAGUUUAGUCUGUCACACACAAGCGCAUGCUGCUUUCUUGCUGAAGAUCUUGCACACGUAGAUCCUGGGUCCAGACACCACACCCAUUUAAAUUUCAUGUAUGUCACUAUCGAAGUGCCCUGCUGACCUAAUUACAGCCAGAAAAGUGUGUCAUUUGCACAGCCUGCUGGGAACCGCACAUGAUAAUAAUGCACCUCAUCCUCAAAGGUGAACUCUCCUGUUUUGAAAAUGGGACUUGUGGGUUCUUAUUUAGUUCCCAGCUGUCACAUUGCUAGAAUAUUAAAACUUUGAGUAUAGAAACUGUCGGCCAGGCCCCACUUUUCUAGUUUGGAAUUAAAGCUUUUUUUGUCUUUGGUUUUAAUGUUAGUAUGUUCGAGACCACAGGACUUGAACCUAAGCUGUGUGCUCUUCAUGUGAGGACACACUUGUGUACUUUGUAUGUAUGUGUGUAACACAGUGGUUCAGUGUGGGAGAGCUGCCGUGGAAUGUUCUGGCUUAUUAGGAUGAUAGGUAUUCCUGCUUUGUGUCAGACUGCAGUGUGAGUGACCACCAUAUAAGAUCAAUUAAAGAUUAAACAACUGAAUGUUUAUUUGCUGAUAAUCUCUCCCAUGUAGACAGUAUUUUUCCCCCCCUUUUACACAACUGGGCCCAGAGACCCCCCACCCUCUCUUGCAGGAAAACUACUGGGCCAACACCAACCCUUUGUAUUAUACAUAUCUCCCCAUCAUAGAGUUGUUAGCCAAGCUUAUGUCCUUUGACAUGUUACAAUAGUCACAUCCUGUAAAUACAACCCCAGUCCACAGGUGCAUUAAAAGUCUACAGCAGUGUCCUUCCUGUAAUCACAACAUAAUGAUCAAUAGAGUCGAUGGAUAUUGUGUAGACUGUUAAAAUGCACCUCUGUGACUCAUUGUGUAUGUAAUUUAGGCCACAGGGGGAUAAUGUGUACACAAAUAAAUGGGGUCAUUGAUAAAUGAUAUUACUGUUAAUGCUUAUGUUUGUCAAGAUGUUCAUUAAACUGUAUAAUAAACAGUCACCAUAA